CCUUCAUGCAUGAUGGUUUUGUCAAGCAUUUUGUCUUGUACGGUCAAGCUUUGUUUCCAUUCAGUCUUUGUUUGCACAUGUCCCAGGAUCCAGUCCUGAUAAUUGUACUUCUUUAUUAUUUUGGUUUGAUACACACUGAAAAAAGUACAUUAUAAUGGUCACUGUAUGAAAUAAGUUUCUCUGCAUCUGCAGCUUUAAGUUUUGUUAUAAGGACACCAUGCCCAUUGUUUACAUGUCUAAUGCAAAAUGUCAAGGGCCCCUAUAAGAUGUAGUGGAUGUAGGUGAUUGUGUCAUGUCAGCAAUGUGCAGUUUGUCUUCUUAUUUUCUCAAAAUGUAUUGCCAUAUUAUUUAAUAGUUUUUCUUUUUAUGAAAACUAGAACUAUUCUUUUAUAAGCGAUUAUUUUAUGUUAACAUUCUUUGUUUUUUUUUUGUCCUUAUGCAUACACAGGGAAUUGUGUGGCAUUUCAAAGAUUUCCUUGUAUUUAUUUGCCAGGCGAAUUAAAAGCAGCAGUCUAACAAUGCACUGGCAUCAGCUGUGCUGUUUUCACUGUGAAUCUAUAAAGGUUUGCCAAUCUUUUGUUCUUCAAUAUUAACAGAUGAAGUUACCGGGAAGACAAAACAAAACAAAGAAAUGGAGACAUCCUGGGUACUGAGCGUACAGCACAUAUCUCCCACACACUCUCUCCACAGUGAUUAAUGCCACUCUGAAACGAGGCAGAGAUGGCUGUUGCUAGGAUACAUGGCAAGGUUGUGCACUUCUGAAGACAGCAGGAAAGGGAGGUGGUCAGUCAGCGCUCGCCGGUUGUCUGGUCUCAUUCCUUCCACCUGGAAAUAGGCUGCAAUGGUUGGCAGUAUUCAAAGGCCUAAACCUGUCUGAGUGAGCCCUAUGAACAGCAGACCCAAUGGACAUCAAAGGCCAGUGUUGGACAGACGAGGAGUCGGACGGGGAGAACGAGUCAGAGCAGUUCUUGUAUGGCAUUCAGGGGAGCUGUGCUGCUGACCUGUACCGCCAUCCUCAACUGGACGCAGACAUUGAGGCAGUAAAAGACAUCUACACUGACAGUGCUGUCGCUGUCAGGGAGUAUGGAACCAUUGAUGACGUGGACAUCGAUCUUCAUAUUAACAUUGGCUUCCUAGAUGAGGAAGUUGCGACAGCAUGGAAGGUUAUCAGAACAGAGCCCAUUGUUCUGAGACUGCGCUUUUCUCUUUCUCAGUACCUCGAUGGACCUGAGCCUUCAGUAGAAGUGUUCCAGCCCUCCAAUAAAGAAGGGUUCAGCCUGGGCCUGCAGCUCAAAAAGAUCCUGAGCACAUUCACCUCACAGCAGUGGAAGCACCUCAGUAAUGAAUUCCUCAAGACCCAGCAAGAGAAGAGGCACAGCUGGUUCAAAGCCGGAGGCACCAUCAAGAAGUUCCGUGCUGGGCUCAGCAUCUUCUCCCCCAUACCCAAGUCUCCAAGUUUUCCUCUGAUUCAAGACAGUGUUUUAAAAGGGAAGCUGAGUGUUCCUGAGCUGAGAGUGACCCGCCUGAUGAAUCGCUCUAUCUCUUGUACCAUGAAGAAUCCUAAAGGGGAGCUCUUUAGUUAUCCACCAAACAGCCAGACUGUGGCUGUCCCAGCGGCCAGGGCCCCAGCGCAGAUUACCACGAGGCAGCUGAUUGAAUUGUUUUUCUCAUCCCAGGCGGGCGGGCACUGCAAGAACAUCCCCACCUUGGAGUAUGGCUUCUUAGUGCAGAUAAUGAAGUACUCAGAGCAGAGAAUCCCCACGCUCAACGAGUACUGUGUGGUCUGCGAUGAACAGCACGUCUUUCAGAAUGGGUCCAUGCUGAAGCCUGCUGUGUGCACCAGGGAGCUGUGUGUGUUCUCCUUUUAUACUCUGGGUGUGAUGUCCGGAGCUGCAGAGGAAGUGGCCACAGGAGCAGAGGUUGUGGACCUACUUGUGGCUAUGUGCCGAGCUGCUCUUGAGUCUCCCCGUAAGAGCAUCAUCUUUGAGCCCUACCCAUCAGUUGUUGACCCCAACGACCCCAAGACUUUGGCCUUCAACCCAAAGAAGAAGAAUUAUGAGAGACUGCAGAAAGCACUGGAUAGCGUCAUGUCCAUCCGGGAAAUGACCCAGGGCUCAUAUCUGGAGAUCAAGAAACAGAUGGACAAACUGGACCCUUUGGCCCAUCCUCUGCUACAGUGGAUUAUUUCCAGUAACAGGUCUCAUAUUGUCAAGCUGCCUCUCAGUAGGCAACUGAAAUUCAUGCACACCUCCCACCAGUUCCUGCUGCUCAGCAGUCCUCCAGCCAAGGAAGCCCGUUUUCGCACUGCCAAGAAGCUAUAUGGCAGCACUUUCGCUUUCCAUGGUUCCCAUAUAGAGAACUGGCACUCUGUUCUGAGAAAUGGACUAGUCAAUGCCUCUUAUACCAAACUGCAGCUGCAUGGGGCAGCAUAUGGAAAGGGCAUCUAUCUCAGCCCCAUCUCCAGCAUAUCUUUUGGAUACUCAGGGAUGGGGAAAGGACAGCACCGCAUGCCCACCAAAGAUGAACUGGUACAGCGUUACAACCGCAUGAACACCAUACCACAGAGCCGUCCAAUACAAUCAAGAUUUCUUCAGAGUCGAAAUCUGAACUGCAUCGCUCUGUGUGAAGUUAUCACAUCUAAGGACCUGCAGAAACAUGGUAACAUCUGGGUGUGUCCAGUAUCUGACCAUGUCUGUACUCGCUUCUUUUUUGUGUAUGAGGAUGGCCAAGUAGGAGAUGCCAACAUCAACACCCAGGAGCCUAAGGUACAGAAGGAGAUCAUGCGUGUCAUUGGGACCCAGAUCUACUCCAGCUAAUGGAGGGGCAACAGCAACGCUUGGAUCUGUAGCUCUCUGCAGCAGAGGCACACAGACAGACGGGCAAGUUGUUGGGCAAAAUGUUUGGGCAAGCUCACCUCUGGCCUGAUACUGAAGGCUGAAGGAACUCUUGAGCACAUUAUUUUUAAAGGUGUUUUGAUCUGGCCCUCUUGUUUCCCACUCUCUCCCCUUUGUUCCUCUUCUCCCACUCACUACACAUUACAUGUUCAUUUAACCCUCAGUUACUGUAGGUUUAACUUGAGUUAAGCCAGUCUGCUUUUCUCAUUCAGUUCAUGACAUUUACAACAGAUGUGCAAAACACUAGCGAAUAAAAGAGGAGGUUGUCGCUGGUAUGGCUCUCCACACAUGUAGACACACUUUCAAACCAUGGGUCGACUGGCCCUUUUCCUUUCUUGCUGCACUUUUACUCUGUAGUUAUAAUUUCUCUUCGUGAAUAUCUAGAAAAAAAAUACAAAUCAUCCCAAAUGACACCUCAGUCCCUUUGUGACUGGAUGGAUUUACUGUACAUGCACAUAGAACUUUGUUCUCCUAUUGUGUUUGCUGCAGCAUUAUCUCCAAUUCAUUUAUUUAAUAUUCUUCAACUAAUGACGUGAAUUAAAAUGUGCAACAUUGUUAUCUAAGGGGCAAACACUGCCAUCUCGUUUUGUCUUUAUCCACUAGAUAAAGCUCCCAGAAUCCAGUGAGUGAGGUGUGGCUUGAACCCAAGUUACACAAUGCUUUGAUUCUGAAAACAUUCUGAAAUGUACAAAUCCAGCCACUGGCAGUAUAAUAAUUUUUCAUUAAAACUGCAUUAACUAACUUCUUCCUCUAAAUUUCAACCAUUAAGGGCAAAGUGAGAGUCAAAAAAACGCCUCCCCUCCUCUUCUCUCCCCACUCCUCUUUGCCUCUCCUGCCCUGUCUGUGAAACAUAUGUGGUGUCAUAUGUGGUCAUUACAGCUGGAGAUAGUUGUAUCAGUCAGGUAGUGCAGCAGUAAUAACUGGCUCUAGAACGAAUGUAUACAGAAUAUAGAGCCUGUGGUUUUAGGUGCCAUUGCAGCGACACAAUGGCAAAUAAAGAGGUUUACAUUUAUUUUUUAUGCAUACAUAUGUCUAACGUUUGUAGUGGAUGUAUCUGUAAGCAAAUUAUACAGAGGAAUGUUUUUUCCUGUAUUGAUACAGUACUAACAUUCAGGCCACUGUCACAUCAUGUUCCGUAUUACAUACUUGACACGCAUAAUCAUGAGUUGUAUGUGAAAUGAGAAAUUUGAUGUUAUGCUUUGAUAGUUGAACAAACUCCCCGCUUUUCUAGUUGUGCUGAUGACGGAACUUUUAAAAUUUCUCGCUAAAAUGCUACAUGGACUGCAGUGUUAUGCCCAACAUAAAUUGGACCAAAACUGAGCAAAAAUGAGCAAACUGAGUGAAACUACUUCCCCUGCUAAUGUAGGAAAACGCACUGGUUUUUGCUAGUUGGACAAAACAAAAAGCUAACACUGCAGUCAGUUGGAAUGAAAUUACAACCAGAAUAAUUCAGCACAAAGGUACAAAAUUGAAAGGCUAACAUUAUUUUGCUAAUGAUGCCAACAUAUACACGUUAGCUAGGUACUUGCGUCUAGCAGGAAGAAGGCCUUAUCUGCAUCAAAUUUGAAUCCUUUAGAUACUUUUGGUGCUCUCCAUCUCUGAUGUGCCAAACCGACGUUAACCCUGGUUUUGCCUCGUUCUUUGUUGCACUCUUUCUGUGCUACAGAACAUGGCCUCUUGGGGUCUAACAAGCAGCUCUACUCCCAUCAUGGGUUGUACCUACACAGGGAGCCUCCACAGUCCGUCUUUGAAAUGAACCAUACUCAUUUGAAAAACGUGUCUUAUAACCUCGGAUCAGUGGGAUCAUGGAAGAAAUGUGAUGCGGAUUUUAACAAUACUGGCCACAGAGGGAAAGAAAUGAACACAAGACCUGGAUAUACAGUAGCAGAGUGGGGUGGAGGGUUGGUACAGAGGGGAGAAAACACUUCUAGACACUUGUUUGAGUUAUCCACAUUUGUGCUAAAUGUUAGUUAAUGCAGCUUUAAAGAAUUAGUUCAGUUCCGAUUGAUGAUGCACCUUCAAAAACUCACUGCCAUAAAAUGUUAAACAUUCAGAAGGAAAGGAAAAGAAAAAAGCAACAGCAACAAAGACUUUUACCUGAUUGGACAGACGUGCGACAUGGCAGAAUUCAUGAAAGCAUAGGUCAUAAAACGUAACACAGCUCUGGAACUUUUUGCCACUAUAGACCAUAGACCAUAAAUGUGAGGAUGAGACUCACAUCAAGAAAAGACAGUGGUUCCUAAAUAUGCUGUAACAGUGAAUUUGGUUGGCUCUAUAUGCUAGUUUAGGUUGUUGAAAGAGGAGUUCAUUUGCUUAUGUUCUCAAAGCUACCAUCAGUUGUUCCUCUGUGCCUGUCAGUUUGUUUCAUCAUUAGUUUAAGUGGAUGUCAUUUUUUCUUUAAAUGGUGGAUAUAUUGAGGAAUAAUUCUCUGUGUGAAUGAAAUACACUUUCCAUUGGAUUAACAACACACAAAAUCCACUGUACAGAAAAUCAUGGACAAUUUUACCAAACAUUCUGCUGGCAGUAUCCUGUCAAGGUGAGCUCUUGUUCUUCCCACCCCUACCCAAUGGACAUCGGGUGUUACUGGGCCGCAACAAUGUGUGGCUCCUUGGCUUCACCUUGGGGAAUGGAAAACUUAUAUAGCUAAUCAAGUUUAUCAGUUAGUCAUGUACUGUAUGUAUGUAUGUGUGGGUUUGUAUUCUCUUGACAUUAUACUAGACAUUGCACUUGUUCAGUUUGCCUAAACUGGAGAAAUGGACUGUCCUUAGACCUGCAGUAAACAGGUAUUGCAGGAAAGAGGGCGCAAAAGCAAGUCUAUAAUACCCAACAUCUUAACUAUGUCUUUACAAAGAUGGGCUUGCAGUAUCUUCUGGAACUGAAAAUUCUGACUACCGACUGGACUUUAAGGUGCUGAAGGAGGGUGAAUCUUCAAUAAGGACACUGGAGACCUUGUUGAAGUGUGUUGCCCAGAAAGAAGAGGACACGCACAGCUGACUCAUUGUGUUGCAGGACUGUGCUAAAAACUGAUACCUGUUUUUGCUGAGAGGUUUCAGCUGCAAGUCUCUUUGAGAAUCUCUUCUCUCACUGUCCGUCUCUAGUGAGUAAUUUGUUUUUUUCAAAGAUGAUGUUGACAACAAUGAUGGAGAUUAUGGUGAUGAUGAAAGACACAGGGAAAAAGAAUAAAGCUUGAUUUUGCACAGUU